GUGCCAAGGCUCAGUGUCUAGAGCUGUGCUUCAUGGGCUUGCUGGCUGGCCUGAGACCAGGUGAACUCUGGGUGUGAGGUGGUUCCCACCCUCCACCUACAAUCCCCACCUCCUCUCCCAGGGCCUGAGUAACCAACACAAGACAGUGCUAAAGAGCGGGUGAGUGACGGGCUUCAAGCCCAUCCAGGAAGAUUUGAAUGCCAUCUGGGCUGGGGCUGUCAGGGUAGGGACUAUGGCUGCCUGAAACCAGGACGGUCAUAAAAGCUGAAAUUUUAAAAUAAUCGUUAUUAUAUAUGUAUUUAUUUUUGAAUAGCUAUCUAGUUUAUUAUUUGAAAUGCAUGUGACCUUACACAGAAGGUUAAAGGCAAAUACCCUUUUAGGUGGGCCCGGCUCAGCUCUGGGAGGGAACCCUGUCUGAAAAGGCUGCAAUUUAGGCUGUUAGUCUUCAUUCAGCCGAGCAUCUGAUCACAUCUUCUGUCAUUCCGGACCCGAGGGGGUGGGGUUUUACUUAUUAUCUAAUCAGGGACGCUGGGCUGGGAACUGUCCAAUCAGGAAUGCAGCUAGAGCGGACAGGGCGGCUUCCGGGUUUGGCGGGGCCUUUGUCUCUCCGCAGCCGGAGCUCCAGGUUUUGACUUCACUGCUCUGUGUCCUCUGUUUGUAGAGGCCCAGUCUCUGUGGCUCCGUGACGUGCAAGUAUUGGAGAUCCAUAUCUAAGACGCCAGGGUCCCCGGAAACCUAGAAAUGGAACCAUUGAAAUUUAGGGAUGUGGCCGUAGAAUUCUCUCUGGAGGAGUGGCAAUGCCUGGACACUAUACAGCAGAAUUUAUAUAGGAAUGUGAUGUUAGAGAACUACAGAAACCUGGUCUUCUUGGGUAUUGCUGUCUCUAAGCCAGAUCUGAUCACCUGUCUGGAGCAAGAAAAAGAGCCUUGGACUAGAAAGAGACAUAGGAUGGUGGCCAAACCAGUUACUUGUUCUCAUUUUGCCCAAGACUUUUCACCAGAGCAGAACAUAAAAGAUUCUUUCCAAAAAGUGACACUGAGAAGAUAUGGAAAAUGUGAACAUGAGAAUUUACAGUUAAGAAAAUGUGGUAAAAGUGUGGAUGAGUGCAAGGUGCAAAAAGGAGGUUACAAUGGACUUAACCAAUGUUUGCCAGCUACCCAGAGCAAACUAUUUCAUUGCGAUGAAUAUAUGAAAAUCUUUCAUAAAUUUUCAAAUUUAAAUGGACAUAAGAUAAGACACACUGGAAAAAAACCUUUUAAAUGUAAAGAAUUUGGCAAAUCAUUUUGCAUGUUUUCAAACCUAACUCAACGUAAAAUAACUUGUACUAGAGUAAAUUUCUACAAAUGUGAAGACUGUGGAAAAGCCUUUAAUGGAUCCUUAAACUUUACUAAACAUAAAAGAAUUCAUAGUGGAGAGAAACCAUACAAAUGUGAAGAAUGUGGCAAAGCCUGUAACCAGUUCACAAACCUUACUACACAUAAGAUAAUUUAUGCUACAGAGAAACUCUACAAAUGUGAAGAAUGUAGCAAAGCCUUUAACCUGUCAUCACACAUUACAACACGUAAAAUAAUUCAUACUGGAGAGAAUCCCUACAAACGUGAAGAAUGUGACAAAGCCUUUAAUCAGUCCUCAACCCUUACUACACAUAAGAUAAUUCAUACUAGAGAGAAACUCAAUGAAUAUAAGGAAUAUGGCAAAGCUUUCAACCAGCCCUCACACCUCAUCAGACAUAAGAUAAUUCAUACUGGACAGAAAGCCUACAAAUGUGAAGAAUGUGGUAAAGCCUUUAACCAGUCCUCACACCUUACCAGACAUAAGAUAAUUCAUACUGGAGAGAAGCCCUACAAAUGUGAAGAAUGUGGCAAAGCUUUUAGACAGUCCUCACACCUUACUACACAUAAGAUGAUUCAUACUGGAGAGAAACCCUACAAAUGUGAAGAAUGUGGCAAAGCUUUUAACAAGUCUUCACACCUUACUAGACAUAAGAGCAUUCAUGCUGGAGAGAAACCCUACCAAUGUGAAGAAUGUGGCAAAACUUCUAACCAAUCCUCAAACCUUACUGAACAUAAGAAUAUUCAUACUGAAGAGAAACCAUACAAAUGUGAAGAAUGUGGCAAAGCCUUUAAGCAGUUCUCAAACCUUACUACACAUAAAAGAAUUCAUACUGGAGAGAAACCCUACAAAUGUGAAGAAUGUGGCAAAGCUUUUAACCAGUCCUCAAUUCUUACUACACAUAAGAGAAUUCAUACUGGAGAGAAAUCCUACAAAUGUGAAGAAUGUGGCAAAGCUUUCUAUCGAUCCUCAAAACUUACUGAACAUAAGAAAAUUCAUACUAGAGAGAAACGCUACACAUGUGAAGAAUGUGGCAAAGCCUUUAACCAUUCCUCACACCUUGCUACACAUAAAGUAAUUCAUACUGGAGAGAAAUUCUACCAAUGUGAAGAAUGUGGUAAAGCCUUUAACCAGUCUUCACACCUUACUAGACAUAAGAGAAUUCAUACUGGAGAGAAACCCUACCAAUGUGAAAAAUGUGGCAAAGCUUUUAACCAGUCCUCAAAUCUUACUGUACAUAAGAAAAUUCAUACUGGUGAGAAACUCUACAAACCUAAAAGAUGUAACAGUGAUUUUGAAAACACCUCAAAUUUUUCUAAACAUAAAAGAAAUUAUACUGGUGAGAAAUCUUAGAAAUCUGAAGAAUGUAACAAAGCCUUUAAAGGUUGUCACGCUUCAUUGUACAUAAUUCAUACUAAAAACCGUAGUGUGAAGAAUGUGGCAAAAUUUGUAACCAAUGCUCACACCUUAUUGCACAGGAAACGAUUUGUACUAGGAAAAAAAAUGUCAAAUAUACAGAAUGUGAAAAAGCCAUUAAUACCUGUUCACAUCUCAGCAUCAGAAAGUUCAUACUUAAUAAAAGCAUUAUACAUGCAAUUACGUCAAAAAUCUUUCAGAAAAUAUAAGCCUUUAAAGUGAAGAGUAUUCAUUUUGACAACAUACAUUAUGAGCAUAAAGCGGGUUGUAGUUGUUAGGCAGGAAUCUAGACCCAACAUGGCGAUAUCACCUGGCAUGGUAGGCCCUUUGUUAGGACUCCCUGCCCUUCACUUCCUGCUAAGUCAGUGUGCGAAAAAAGCCCGUCCCCGCCAAAGAACCCCCACUCUGCGCAAGCUCCUGGAUAUAUUAUUCCCCAGAAAUCGAAACCUACCUCAAGAAAGCCGAUACCUACAAACCCCGCCUACCUCGCCCUACAAAAGGCCCCCCAAUACCCGCCCCCAGGGCGACUUCCUCGGCCCUCCUGAUAGAGGACCGGUUAACCUCUCCAGCGAGCCCAAUAAAGGCUGCCUUUGUUCUCA